GGGACGGAGGACCGGAGGGAGGGACGGAGGACCGGGGCGGGAGCCCGGCCCGGCCCCGCCCGCGCCCGCCGCGCCGCACCUGAGCGAGCAGCGGCGGCUCCGCGCCGGCCCCGGCCCCGGCCCCCUCCGCCGCCCGCCCAUGGCUCGGCCGCUGCCGCUGCUGCUCUGCCUGGCCGCGCUGGGCGCCGGCUGCCGGGCAGGGUCCACCCCCGCCGGCACGGCCGGGCCCUCCGCCGAGCCGCUGCAGGACGAGGCGGACAACCAGGAGAACAUCCUGUCCCAGCUGUUAGGUGACUACGACAAGGUGAAGGCGGUGUCCGAAGGCUCCGACUGUCGGUGCAAAUGCCUGGUCAGACCCCUGGGCCGUGGUGCCUGCCAAAGGAUUAACGAAGGCGCUUUCAAAGCAGAGGACUUUUACACGGUGGAAACCAUCACGUCAGGACCCAGCUGCAAGUGUGCGUGCGUGGCCCCCCCCUCGGCGCUCAAUCCUUGCGAAGGGGACUUCAGGCUGAAGAAGCUGCGGGAGGCGGAGAGCAGCGACCUGAAGCUGUCCUCCAUCGUCGAGAUGCUGGAAAGUGCCUUUUACGGCUUAGACCUUCUGAAGCUGCACUCGGUCACGACCAAGCUGGUGGGUCGGGUGGAAAAGCUCGAGGAGGGCAUGUCCAGAAAAUUCACGCAGGAAGGCCACCGGGCAGGAGCCAACGUGGAGGAGGCUCUGCAGGAUCCCCACCGCAGGGACAGGGAGAACUGCUCCAGCCUCAUCACCAACAGCCUCGCCGACAUCGAGAGCUCGCUGCAGCGGGACGCCGAGGCUGCCUACAUGCACACAGAAGGCAAAUAUGAAGAAAGAUUCCUGAAGGAUGAGACCAUCUCCCAGCAGAUCAACUCUGUCGAGUCCCUCCCGGAGCUGCACCUCUCCCUGGAGGAUGAGAAGCCCAAGCAGCUCUUGCAGAGGAAGCUGCGUGUGAGGAGCCGGCCUCCUUCCAAGCCCACCAUCGUCCGAGGGGUCACCUACUACAAAGCCCAGUCCACCGAGUCGGAGAACGACAUCGAGGAGCAGCCGGACGAGCUGUUCAGCGGGGACAACACCAUGGACCUGCUGAUCGAGGACCAGCUCCUGAGGCCCAGUGGCCACGUGGGCGAGGGUGUGAGGAAGCCCUCCCCCGUGGGAUGGCCACCCACCCCUGGCAGCGACCCCACCACCCCGCCGGCUGCCGACACCGCCGCGACAGCCACAGUGCCUAUGUCCCCUGCCACGUCCACGGGGCCCACGCCGGACCCCACCACCGUGAGCCGGCUGACCCCCGCCCCAGAGACCACGACUGCCCCGGCAGGGCUGGUGGAGGAGGGGACCCCGCAGCUACCGGCAGCCUUGGCCAGCACAGUGGUGGCCACAACCACGGAGAUCCUGCCCACAGCCACCAGCGCUGUCCCCAGCCCUGCUGUGGCCACCACCGCCGGGACCUCAAGGGACGUGGGGACGAUCCCUGCCCUGGAGAGCAGCCCAGGAACCUGGGGACAGGCGAGCACCCCUGCAACACUGGUCAGCCCCACCAUCCCUGCCACCCCAAAGCAGGCCCUGGAGGAGGAGGACAUCAGGAACAUCAUCGGUCGCUGCAAGGACACGCUGUCCACCAUCUCGGGGCCCACCACCCAGAACACCUACGGGCGCAACGAGGGGGCCUGGAUGAAGGACCCCCUGGCCCGGGAGGAGCGGAUCUACGUCACCAACUACUACUACGGGAACACGCUGGUGGAGUUCAGGAACCUCGACAACUUCAAGCAAGGGCGCUGGAGCAACUCCUACAAGCUCCCGUACAGCUGGAUUGGGACGGGGCACGUUGUCUACAACGGUUCCUUCUACUACAACCGAGCCUUCACGCGCAACAUCAUCAAAUACGACCUGAAGCAGCGGUACGUGGCUGCCUGGGCCAUGCUGCAUGACGUGGCCUACGAGGAGUCCACCCCGUGGCGGUGGCGGGGCCACUCGGACGUUGACUUUGCUGUGGAUGAGAACGGCCUGUGGGUCAUCUACCCGGCCAUCAGCUACGAGGGCUUCAACCAGGAGGUGAUCGUGCUGAGCAAGCUGAACGCGGCUGACCUCAGCACCCAGAAGGAGACCACAUGGCGGACGGGGCUGCGGAAGAACUUCUACGGGAACUGCUUUGUCAUCUGCGGGGUCCUGUAUGCAGUCGACAGCUACAACAAGAGGAACGCCAACAUCUCCUACGCCUUUGACACGCACACCAACACGCAGAUCAUCCCCCGGCUGCUCUUUGAGAACGAGUACGCCUACACCACGCAGAUAGACUAUAAUCCCAAGGACCGCCUGCUCUACGCCUGGGACAAUGGGCACCAAGUCACCUACCACGUCAUCUUUGCCUACUGAGACCCCCCCACCACAGUGGGGCACUGCGAGCCAGGGGCCACCAGCACCUUUUAUUAUUAUUUUUAUUGUUAUUUUGUACAAAUCAAAGAGUAAAUGAUGGGUUUUGUUUCAAGCUGUUUUUUUUUAUGGUGGAUUGUAGAUCGAUCCCCAGGCCAGAACCCCCCCCUUCCGUCUUUGCUGUAACCUUGCUUCUGCUUUUCCUUCCCAGGAAGGAAAAGGGAGGGCAGACCCAGCUCUCCUGCCCGCGGAGGAGGCGGUGGCCCAGACGGGGUCCUCCUGAUGAGGUUUGUAGCUAAAGAUGAUCAGCAAGAGACCCAGAACUAGUGCAAAGCUGGCCUUUCCGCUGCAGGCACCAGGUCCCAGUGGGACGCUGAUGUCUGCCCAUCCUGGUGGAGGGGGUGCGCGUCCCGUGGGAAUGUCCCGUCUCUCGGGACCAUCUUCCCAGCCGACGGCCAGCAGGCCCUGCGGAGACCCUGCUGUACAGUGGGGCUGCGAGCGCAGCUGCGGCAGCCCCUGGUGCUGGCACUUACGCCGAGGACUGUCCCCUCCGCCCGGGGCUCUGCCCUUUGCAACCUGCUCGGGGGGGGGUGGGGGGGUGGGCACACCCCGAGCCCCGACUCUGGGGCGAGCCAGCGGUGGGAGGGGGACACUGUAAAUACGUGUAGAUGGCUUUUGUUUGUUCAUUUUGUAACCCGAAAUAGUCACCUUUGGCAUUUGCCGGGGGAAGGCUCUGUUCUGCCAGGCGCUGGGCUGCCUGGGCGGGGGGCUGCGGGGCUGGGGGAGCCCUCGGGGCUGGGGGAGCCCUCGCUCCCCGUCCUGCUGCGGCUCCAUCUCCCUCAGGGUCUCAGCCCGUGUGCCCUCUCGGUGCCGCGCUCGUCCUGGUCCCGGCCGUUGGCCCUCGGGAGCCCCUCGCAGAGGCACAGCCCGUGCCCCGCUAGCCCGGCAGCAUCUUGUAUUUACCUGCUGUCAAUAAUAAAAGAUCCAGUACCUUUGCA